AUGGAGCAGCUUGCUCUCGGCACCACCGUCUGGCUUGCCAAGACCCGCGGGACCAUCCGCUACGUCGGCUCGCUCCCUUCGCUCCGCGGCACCUGGCUCGGCCUCGAGCUCACCGCCUCAGCCCCACCGCCCUCCACUGCUGACUGCAUCUUCCCGCGCGCGGACGAGCCGCCAGAUUCGCUGCGCCCGCUUGCCGCUCAGGCUGUCGCAGACCUCGCCGCUCAGCUCGACCUCCCGCUCUUUGUCCACGACACACCUUCAGCCACUCUAUACAGCCACGAAGCACCCGCAGGCAUUCACGUGCCUCUCGACUCUGUUGACCGCUACGAGCUCCUCGCAUCGGGCCCGACUCCCCACCCAUCGUCGUCGGCAUCGUCUGCGCCCUCGUCACCCUCCUUAUCCGACUCGCUAAGCGCCUACAUCUUGCCGUCCACCCGCGCCCGCGCCUUGGUGGCCUUUGCCUCGCGCCUCGGACUACGCUCGUCUGCCACGGCGAGUAAGGGCGAGCUGCACACGUCUAACCUCAACAACCGUGCCGUCGCCACCUUUUCACUUGACCCCCUGAUGUUGUCGGGUGCGGUCAGCCCUGCCCAGCUCGAGGCCCAAGCCCAGAUCCGCCAUCGUCUUGCAUCACCUUCACUUCUUCCCUUUCAAGGCCUCGCUGCAAACUCAGCCGCCCAGUGGGCCUUUCUCCUUCACGGAUCGGCCCCGCUCUCGCUGCCAGCCCUCGCCCUUGCCGAUUCGCUCGACGCCAUCCUCACCACCCUUACCGCCGCCGCCGCUGCACUGCACUACCUCAACUCACUGGGCAUUGUUCACGGCGCGCUUUGCUUCGAAGCACUCUACGCUUCGCUGGAUCGCACCUCGGUCGCUGUUCUGCACCUCGCCCCGGGCCUCAACAGCGUCAUCCUGCCGGCAUACGCCUACGCUGCGCCUGAAGCCUUUCAGCGCAAGCUUCCGCUGACCCCGGCGGCAGACGUCUUCUCCUUUGGCCUCCUUGUCUGGGCCCUCUGGGCCGGCGAGCCGCCCUUUCCCACUUCACUUGACAGGACCAAGGCCUGGAACGAGCGUCCGCCGCUCGCUGAUCAUUGGCCGGCCCUUGUCUGCUCGCUCAUUGACGAGUGCCUUCAGCUCGUUCCGUCUCGUCGCGCUUCUCCCGCCCGCAUCCUAGGCUACCUCGCCCUCAUCCGCCACGCCGCCGCGGGCUCGCCCGCUGCCCUCCUCGACGCCAUUUCUCAUGCGGACACGCCAUCCGCAACACGGCUCCUCGCUUGGCGGCCCGACAUCAGUGACCCGGACGCGCUCUACCGCAUUCUGCCUCCGCUUUCGCUGCCAGCCUUUGGCUCACUCGCCGCCAUCUGCGUUGCAGGCAGCCGCGUUUUUCUCGCCUCGUCAUCGUCGCCGGCCGUCAUUGCCCUCUCACUCGCCGCCACUGCCAGUAGACUACGCUCGUCGUGGCAGUAUCCGCUGACCGCAUCCCCCACAGCCAUGCAUCUCCUCGACGCAGGGACCGUCCUUCUUGUGGCGCUCGACGACGGCGCGCUCCUCGCCCUUCAUCCAAGCUCGGGUGAGCUUCUCGCAUCACGCCCUAAUCCACCGCGCUCGGUCAUCGACUUUGGCACUGCCGCCAAUGCACGCGUCCAUGCCGUAGGCAUGACCUUUUCCGCCGCCACAAGCACCCUUGUACUCGGGUAUUCUAAUGGCGUUCUCGUUCUCGUUACUACCUCCGACGCCGAUGCCGCCACGCUGCUCACCCGUGCCUCGCGGUGGCGCGCCCUCUCCUCGCCACAUCUUCCAGAGCUAUCGUCCAACGCCCUUCUCCAAACUUGUGGCGGUUUUCUUGUCGUUCACCGCCGCCUUCCGUUUGAGCCGCUCUUGGUCUUCCACCUCGACUCGCGCAUCCUUGUUGGCCUCGUUCCGGAACCGGUCGCCCCACCCGCUAUCGUCACUGCACUGCACCUUGCUGCCAUCCCCGACCUCGAAGACACCUUUACUCUGCUGGUCGCGUCGUCGGUCGGCACUGUCACACCGGUUCACAUUGUAUGCAAGAUCGAGGCUGAUGGCCACACUGCUUCCGUUGAUGUUCUCACCGAAGACGCGGCGCUAGUGACAGAAACCCCGAUCGGCCUGCGCUCCUUGAUCUUUGUGCCAGACGCGGGCAUUGUCCUUGCUGGCGCAGACGAUGGUUCGCUUGUUGCAUGGGAUUGGCCGACACGCGCGAUCCGCAACCACUGGUUUGGCAGCAGCCCAGCCCAUGUCAUCGGCCCUGUCCACGCACUUACCCUCACUCAGUCUGGCCUUGUCUUCUCAGCUGGCGCCGACGGUACGCUGCGGGUGUGGCAGCCUGAGUCUGGAACUCAGAUCUACGCCUUCCCCGCACUCCCGGCGCCACUCACCUCGCUCUACCUUCUCGGAAGUAGCCAUGUCCUAGCUGUUGGUCAUCAGGGCCUUGGCGUUGCCUGGUCCACUCUCCCGCUUGCCUUUCUCGCCUCGCUCGGCGCUGCGGAGCGGCUCUCACCUACGCAGGCUAUCGCGGUUCCACCCAUGUAUCCGGAUCGUUUCCCUCCGUUUGAUCCGGCUCUUCUUGCCUCGUCACAACCUGAUGUGCUCCAGCAGACGCUUACCCGCAUUUUGGUUCCGCUUCUCGUCACAGAUGCUGACAUGGCUGCACCGACCACACUUCCGCUCGCCCGCUCGCUCGCCUCAAUUCCGUUUGCAGCCGUCAGACUCGCCACCACCCUCCACGCCAAGGGCUUUCUGGUUGCCGGCCUCGACCUACCACCGCAGUCGGACUCGACUCAACUCCACCCUUUGGCCGACAUCAUUUCGCUGGCAUCGCCACACAUUGUUCCGCUCGUCGCCGUCUCACACGUGGCAGAAUCACCCGACAUGGGUGUUGGCCUUGCUCACUUGCUUCCGCAUCAGCCGCGCUCACUUGCCUGGGUCUGGUACGACCACAUGCCCGACGACCGGCCGCUUGCACUGUCAAUGGCGAGCGGUGCACUCUCCACCCUCUCUGCUCGCAUCGCUGCGCUGCAUGACCUAGCAUCUGCGCUCAAGACAGUGCAUGCUCUUGGAGCCGUCCAUGGCGCCAUCUGCCCGUCGAUGGUCUGGGCAUCCCCCCGUGGCGACGGCUGGAUCUUCCGCCUGGUCGUUCCACCAGCGCUUAUUUCAAGCCCCGAGACCGUCGCUGCCCAUCUUACUCACGUCCAUGCAGGUCUUGUCACGGCUACAACGCCCGAAGCGGCUGCUGAGUUCUCGGGGCCAGAAACAAGUCUCGAGCUCGAACUCGAUCUGGCGGCCGCGCUCGAAUCCCGGGUCGGACGUGACAAGUGGGCAACACUCGUGGAGCCGCAAGCUUAUGCGCCUCCUGAAGGUCUCGCGCGGACUGCGGCUGCUGACAUGUACGCAUUUGGCCUCCUCGCCCAUGAAGUGCUGGCAGGCUUGCCGCUGGUGUCAUGGCGUGAUCCAGAGAAUCGCUGGUUGCGUCCGCGGCACCAAACAUGGUGGCCAACGCCGCUACGAACGCUAGUUCUCUCGGCGCUGGCGGUCGAUCCGCAGCAUCGGAUCUCAGCUUCAGACGCGCUUGCGCUGCUUGAGGAUGCCGCUGCCGCUGCCGCUGCCGGCACCCACGCGCUCGUCGCCGCUGCGCUCGUCGACCACGACGCCAUCACUGUCGACUCGCUUGCGAUCCAUCUUCCUGCUCAGGUUGGUGAUCCAGCGCCCGCCCUUCCCACCAAGCACCUCACCCUUGUCAGCGGUAUUGUCUCGCUUACAUGCGGCGCCAGUCGAGUGGUUGCGACGCUGGCAGCCGACGGCUCAGUCAUGGUCUGGCACCUUGCGCCGACGUUGGGCAACCGGUUGGACGCAGAGUCGGCAUCGCAACUGCACUCGCUUCGCAUCGGCGCUCCGCGGGUCCGCAACAUGGUUGCUCUCGUCUCGCUCUCGUCACUCUCGCUCCCGGGUACCACGUCGCGCGCUUCUACGCCUGUUGUUCUCGCCAGCUCGCAGGGUAACCCGGAACUGUCAGGACGGCACAUCCUUCUCCAUCCACGUAACCCACUGUUUGUCAUCGAGGAUGCCCAUCCACAUGGCGUCGCCGCCUUUCACCUCCUCGCCUUGCAGUCUGACACCGAGGCUGCAAUCUCGUUUGGCGUCAGCGAGGACUCGGUCAAGGUCUGGUCGCUCUCGUCACUGGCUCUUGUACGUGGCCUCUGGCUUCCCGACUCGGCCGGUGCGGUGGUCGAUGUUUGUCCCGGACCUGACGGUGUGGUCUACGCCCUUGCUGGUGAUGCAGAGCUUGUGUAUCCCAUCCCGACGCCUUCAGGAGCACUCAACGGACGGAUUCGAUCUGUUCCGCUCGCGCCGUGGGAAGCCAACGUGCACUUGGUCCUUGUUUGGCUUCCUCGGCUCGGCCGCCUCGUCGGGCUCCGCGUGGCGUGGUCCGAGGCGACGCUGGCUGGCCCUAUUGUUGAUCUGCUGUUUGAAGACUGGUGCGUCAACUGGGUGGUGUAUGCCCAACCAAGCCCUGACGCGUUUCCGGCUGCCCCGCUGCUUGAUCAAGCCGGUGGCGCUAUUAGCGUUGCAGUUGGCGUCUCUGUUCUCAACCAGCUGUUGCAUGAUGAACUUCUGGCGGAGCGCGGCGGAGUGCUCGACGAGUCGUCGCUCUCGUACGCCUACUCACCCGAGAAAGCGUUCUCAGAGACUGCAUCGGCAGCUCAUGCGAGACACUCACCGUGGUCUGCCACACCUCUGGAUACCCCGUGGCACCUUCAUCCUGCGCUCUCGCCGGCAACGCCGAUGCCAACCCCAGCCGCCGUCGCUGCGAGCCAGGGCACCGAUGCCGCUCCUCUCCGCGGCAUCGUACAUGUCUGGGAUCUGCUCGGCCACACGCCGCGGGUCCGACUGCUCAUCGAUGCACACGCUGCCGCCCUCACCGCUAUCGUCGCCCUCACCGCCACCGCCACAGUAGUCACAGCCUCGACCGACGGCACUGUUCGAGCGUGGGAUACCAAGACCGGGCGACUCCUUUGCACUCUUCUCGAUGUUGGUGACCAUAUAGUCCCUACUGUUGUGGUCCAGGCCCCGACUCCCGACGACCAUAUGCUUUGGAUCGGGGCAUCAGACGGUUCUGUUCGAGUCGUCGAUGUUGUUGAUCACAUUGGUCGUGCACUGGUGUAA